CGGGGCAACUUUGGGGUGUAGAGAGGGAAGGACCACGGGGAGGGAAUGUGGUGUGGCCAAGGAUUUGCGAGCUCUAAGCAAGGAAAAUGGACAGAUUGACCCCACUGCUGGAAUCACCUGGCUCCUGGUCACUGAAUGAACUGGGUCUUGGGUCUCUUGUCAAUUGCACUCCAGUGAAAAGUGUUUCAGCCCUGUCUCACCCUGGGGAGGAGAGUCCUGAAGCCCUGGGGUGGGGAUGGAUGUGUCACACUGCCCUGUACCUGGACUGGUUGCCACGGUGCUGCCACUGUCUUCCCUACGCUGGGGAUCUGGGAGUUCUGUGGUCCUGGACCUGUCAUGCGGAGCUGAGGGAGACAAGGUGGGGUAGGACAGGCUCGGGGCCUAUUGGCAGGGUGCUGUUUGAGCUUCUCUGGGUGCCAAGGGCCUGUUCCCAGGGCCCGGGCUCGCUCUCAGGAGCAGUUCCUCUGCAGGCCGAGUGGCAGCGACUGCAGCUGGGGAUGGUUCUGCUGUUACCUGUGGUGAGGCUCAGGCGGAAGCCACAGGCCGUCGGGGGGGAGACACCACCAGAGCCGGAGCCAGAGCCGGAGGAACCUGAGGAGACACCUGUGGUGCUGCCCCUGGGCGAGGGCCAGGUGCUGGAGGAGUGUCCCCUGUGCCUGCUGCCCCAGCCCCCCGAGGCCUUUCCCAGCCUGGCCUCCUGCUCGCACCGCUCGUGCUGGGCUUGCCUGCAGCAGUACCUGUGCCUCGCUGUCCGCGAGAGCCGCGUGCCCGUGUCCUGCCCGCACUGCCCCGCCGCGCUCCAGCCCUCCGACGUGCACCGCCUCCUGCCCGAGCCCGCCCUCCGCGACAAGUACGAAGAGUUCCUGCUGCGACGGCUGCUGGUGGCUGAUCCUGGCACCCGCUGGUGCCCUGCACCUGACUGCAGCUAUGCUGUCUUUGCCCACGGCUGUGCCGAGUGUCCCCGCCUCACCUGUGGGCGUGAGGGCUGUGGCACCGAGUUCUGCUACCACUGCCGGCAGCCCUGGCACCCUGACGGCCCCUGUGAACCGGCCCCCGGCCUGGCCACCCCCACAGCACAGCUGGCCCAGCCGGAGGAGUUGGCCCAUGCUGAGGCCGAGGACAUCAAGGUCUGUCCUCGCUGCAGCGCCUUCAUCAUGAAGAUCAACGAUGGGAGCUGCAACCGCAUGAACUGCACCGUCUGUGGGUGCCUCUUCUGCUGGCUCUGCCUGCGGGAGAUCUCUGACGUGCACUUCUUGAGCCCCUCUGGGUGCACCUUCUGGGGGAAGAGGCCAUGGUCACGGACCCGGAGGAUCCUAUGGCAGCUGGGCAUGGUGCUGGGAGCGCCCAUGGUCAUCUCCCUUGCUGCGGGUGUUGCUGUCCCUGUCAUUACCAUUGGGAUCCCCAUCUACAUGGGUAGGAAGGUGCUGGGCCAGAGCCGGCGAAGCAGCCUCUCCAGGUGCCAGCAGUGCCUCUCUGUCACCAGCAGUGUCCUCCUCUCUCUCUUUGUGUCCCCCAUCAUAACAGCUCUCACUGUGGGUAUCGGCGUGCCCCUGGUGCUCACCUACGUGUACGGGACCGUGGUGCUGUCGCUGUGCCGGAGCCGCUGGGGCUGCAGGGGCAGUCGCACGCCUGGAGACCUCGGUGUGGUGGAGCUGGACAAUCUGGCUAAAUCAGCAGCCGCAGUCCACGCCCAGGGCCAGCAUGGCCAGAACAGGACAGCCAGUCAGCCAGCACAGUGGCCCUUGCAGGAAGCAUGCUGAGUGAGGGCCAGGACACCUCUGACAGGGAAGGUGUUACCAUCGAGGUGGAGGUGUCGGUUGAAGCAGUGCCACGUUCUGCCCGGCAGCAGAGCCUCAGCAGUGCCCUGUCUGGGCAGAGCCUCUCUGGGGACUCCCUGGGAGCCACCAGUGACAGGGGCAGCUCUGUGGGCGUCCCUGUGGAGUGACGGGGGCCUGAGGGGGAAGAGUCUUGAUCUACACACAGGUCCUAUGCCCUCCCUCUGCCAGCACAGCCAGCUCUUGGAACCAGGUCCUGGGUGGGUGCCAGCUGCACCCAUUGCUGCACCCUGCACUAGCCAUGUCUGCCCCUUCUCAGAGGCACCACUAGGAAAUAAAGCUGCUUUCUGAGGGUCCCUCUGUCUCCUGUGGCAAAACUCUCCUGCCAGUGCAGCCCCCUGGUGUCACAUCUGCGCCUGUGUGAGGAAGAGGCCACCCAGGCAAUGCAGGGGUUGUCACGGCCUCUGCCCUGCCUAUACCAGCUGAUCUGCCCCGAAAGCAGGCUCCAGGGCUGGGGGAGGGCAGCAGCUCCAAUCUCUGGUGCUGGUCCCCGCAGAGGUCUGUCCUGCAGCAAGGCCAGCGUAGAGACCACAGAGUAACACCAUGGGCUGCAGGUGUGGACCUAGUGCCAGAUGGGUUGUGUAGUCUCAGGCACUGGGAUCCUCACCACUGCAGCAUCCUGGGGAAAAAAAGCUGCUUCUGGAUGUUUUGCUGCUUAAUGUUGGGCAGUCACAGACUGACUAAAGGAUUUGGGUUGGGAGGGAACUU